ACAAUUAUUUUGUAUUAUUGCGCAGCAUACAGAGCUAGCCGAAACAAUUUUAGCAAAAUCACACCGGCUCAACAAAAAAACAACACGAAAUAUGUCGCGGGGCAGUAGUGCCGGUUUUGAUAGACACAUUACUAUUUUUUCGCCAGAAGGACGACUGUAUCAAGUUGAAUAUGCAUUUAAAGCCAUCAACCAAGGUGGGCUUACAUCGGUAGCAGUAAGAGGGAAAGACAGUGCAGUUGUUGUCACACAGAAAAAAGUACCCGACAAGUUGCUGGAUGCUGACUCUGUCACUCACCUGUUCCAGCUGACGGAGAAUAUAGGAUGUGUGAUGACUGGCAUGGUUGCGGACAGUCGCUCACAGGUACAGAGAGCCAGGUACGAGGCAGCUAAAUGGAAGUAUAACUAUGGUUAUGAAAUCCCUGUGGACAUACUAUGUAAGCGGAUAGGGGACAUUUCCCAAGUCUACACACAGAGUGCUGAAAUGAGGCCAUUAGGAUGCAGUAUGAUCUUAUUGGGCUAUGAUGAAGAAAGCGGAGCACAGAUAUACAAGUGUGAUCCUGCUGGCUACUUCUGUGGGUACAAGGCUACAUCAGCUGGAGUGAAACAACUAGAGGCCAACAGCUUUCUGGAGAAGAAAGUCAAGAAGAAGCAGGAAUUUACAUAUAAUGAAGCAGUAGAAAUUGCAAUAACAUGCCUAUCAACUGUGUUAUCAGCGGACUUCAAGUCCUCAGAAAUUGAAGUUGGAGUUGUAACAACAGAACAUCCUAAAUUCAGGGCUUUGACAGAGGAUGAAAAAGAUGCACACCUUGUAGCCAUAGCAGAGAAAGAUUAACACAACAUCACUUCUUUACAUCUGAACAAUUUUUCACAAUUUUGAAGUACUUCUCUUCAGAGAAACUAAUGGAACAAACCUCUUCUGGAUGUGACAUCACCCAUCACCAUUACUUUCUUGAGACACAUUUUCUGACAACAUAUAAGUGCUCCUACAAGGAAAACUUACAAUAGUGCUAUGUAACAAAUGUUUGUGAUAUUGUUCUGUAUAAAAUAAUUAUAAAAUACUGUCAACAAGGUUGAUAAACAAGUUCAGUAAAUAUCUAGGUAAAGGUUAACAACUAUUUAUUUACUAAUAACAUUAUCUCUAGUAGGGUUCUACAAUGUUUCCUAGAUACAAAAUUUCUCAUAACUUGUCAAAUGAUAAGAAUUCUUUGGUGAGCAAUGAAAAGAGAGGUGGAUUCGUUAGUUACAAGCAUGUUAUUUAACUUGCUGUACAUCAGUUUCAUUUCAUGAAAAGAAUGUAUUAUAUUGUUGAAUGAUCUAAUUAAAUGUGUCAAUUUGUA